AUGGGUGACGUCAAGCAGAAUGAGGUGGACGUGGCGGAGGCUGUGGGCGGUCAAUUCACGGCGCAGGUUACCCACACCUUGCACCACGCUGACUGCCCGCCGCUGUUCACAAAAUUCGGGCAAGCCUGUAUCUCCGUGUUCUGCCCUGGAUAUAGGAGUAAAAGUGCAAUAGUGGCAGAGCUGCAGACGACCCCCGCACGGAAGAGCAACAACAAUCUGGCAGUCAGUCAGUCAGUCAGUUCUCCCACAGUGCUGGCAGUUGCAUCCCGAACCAGCGCAUAUGUGACAGCAUCAAUGAUUGCUGCAGUAACGGAGAGGAUGAGUUUGUGCAGCUGUGUGGGAUUGAGGAGUGCCGGGAGAAGAAUAUCGGGUGUGUGUGAGCCUGUUUACAUCAACACUCGAGAGUCAUACUACUGCCAGUGCCGGCCAUGCAGUGUACAGACUCGUGUCAGAAAGUUCAAGUAUGAAGACAUUGACGAGUGCGUGGAGUCGCCCAGAUCUUCUCCCUGUGGACCAUCCCCUCAGCAGUAUUCGAUCCGCCCAGCAGCAGUAACGGUUAUGAGAAGGCGGUCAUUGAAGUGUCAACUCCCCAAGCUGGCACCGUGGUGGGUGUUGUGCUGGGCUCCCUUGGGGUUCUUUGCCUAGCUGUUGGGUGUACAGAUGCUUGUCAAGUUUCUGAAGAUACGUCGACGUGUUAUCAUCCACGCAAGCUUCCCCAACCCAACCAGUGUACCACAAGACAACAGGUAGGACAGGAGGACAAGAGGAGGAGUGAGCGGCUGCAUGCACUAUUGAACGGGACAGCAUUACAUUCUUCCCACAGUUGUAUGACAACACUGAAGCAAGCCCAGAAUAAAGUGUUGAGUGACCAUGAUUACUACUAACGCUAAAGAAGUGAGGGAAGUGUUUGGAGUGAGCGUGCAAGACGUACAACAGACAACAGACUGCUACUGCCGGUGUAGCCAAAGGAACAAGAGGAGG